GGAGACGCUGCAUUAAGGGAGGUACCGCAGUGGUUGAGCUCUAUUCUGCGGCGCUGCCUACACGCCAGCACUGGUUUUUAUUAGCUAGUCACAGCGAACUGACAGCAUUGUUUUUUUAAAGACGUAACGCAUAUAGUUGCCCAAGAUGGCCACUGAUUCAGGCUACGGCUCACAAGGUGGCUCACAAAGCUAUGGAUCAUAUGGCGGUCAGCAGGGGGGGCAGGGUUAUGGCCAAGGAAAUGGCAGUGGCUCUUUUGGAGGACAGAAUUAUGGUAGCUAUGGACAGCAAGAGGGCUAUGGCCAAUCCCAGCAGCAAAGUUAUGAAAGUUAUGGACAGGAUUCAUCUGGGUAUGGUGACAAAUCGUCUUAUGGACCCCAAGGUUCAUAUGGAGGUCAGGGUGGCAGUAGCGGCGGCGGUGGUGGCGGCAGCACUGCAUAUGGUGGCCAGAGCCAAGGAGGAGACAGCUAUGGACAACAAAGCUCCUAUGGAGGACAGGGUAGUGGCGGCGGCAGUGGUGGUGGAUAUGGUGGCCAGGGACAUGGAGCAGGCGGUGUUGGUGGCGGUAAUGGCGGCAGCAGCUAUGGACAACAAAGCUCCUAUGGCAGCCAAGGACAGGGCGGUGGCGGCGGCUAUGGAAGAUGGAGUGAAGGUGAAAGCGGUGGUCAGGGUGGAAGGUUUGGACGAGACCAAGGAGAUCGCUCAGAAGGAGGUGGCUUCAGGGGCCGUGGCCGUGGUGGCUUUGACCGCGGAGGCUAUGACCGUAGUGGUGGAUAUGACCGCGGUGGAUACGACCGUGGUGGAAGAGGUGGACCUCCUGGUAUGGGAGGUGGUGACCGUGGUGGCUACAAAAAUUACGGUGGCUCUCGGGACUACGGCUCAAGGGAUGAACCAGCCGGCGAGCAGGACAAUUCUGACAACAAUACAAUUUUUGUACAAGGACUUGGAGAAGAUGCGACUGUGCAGGAAGUUGGAGACUACUUUAAGCAAAUUGGUAUCAUCAAGGUCAACAAGAAGACCGGUCAGCCGAUGAUCAACAUCUACUCUGACAAGGCUACAGGUCGACCAAAAGGAGAGGCUACGGUAUCGUUUGAUGACCCACCAUCAGCCAAAGCUGCUAUCGACUGGUUUGAUGGCAAGGAGUUUAAUGGCAAACCCAUCAAAGUCUCCUUUGCCACCCGCAGAGCAGAGUUCACACAGAGAGGAGGCGGAAGAGGUGGGCGAGGAGGUUUCAGAGGUCGUGGUGGUGGUGGAGGCCCCAACUUCGAUGUCAAGGGAGGAGACUGGCCUUGUCCUAACAGUUCCUGUGGCAACAUGAAUUUUGCACGGCGGCAAGAGUGUAACAAAUGUGGGGCCCCUAAGCCAAGAGAUGCAGGCUUUGGAGGAGGAGAUCGUGGCGGCAGAGGAGGUUUUGGGGGUGACAGAGGUGGCGGCUUCAGAGGUCGUGGCGGUUUUCGUGGUGGAGACAGCGGCAGCUAUGGAGGAGGCGGAGGCGGUGGAUUCGGAGGUGGCUACAAGAUGGGAGGACGAGGCGACCGCAGAGACGACAGACGAGACCGGCCAUACUAAGGAGGAGCAGCAGAUGGAAACCAUUCCAGCCCUAGAGUUCAUAAUGGAUGGAGGGUGUAGUUUAUGGGUGGAGGAGAAGAUCAGGAAGGGGCCAUGGAUCAGACUCAUUUGUGUACUUUUUUAGCUGGUGCAUCCACACGUGUUGGGCUGUAAGGAGGCAGGAUGCGUCCAGCUAAUGUGAAAGGACUUGGGGCUGACUGGCACUGGUGACAUGUUGUUAAUGUUCCUUUUUUUGUUUGUUUUAUUUCUUUGUACAUCUUUUUAAUUUUUCUGAGUCUAGUUGCAGAUGUUUUGUGAGGUAGACUUCAUAACAUUUUGUAUGAGCUGAAUUAAAUCUUUUACUUCAAUUGUGUUUUGUUUUUUUCCAAAAAUAUUAAAACUGUGAUCUUUCA